CGACCUAGAAAGUUUGUCCUUAACGUGACUUCCGGAGCAAGCACGUUUUCUCUUCCAGCACAGCUUCGGGCUCGUCGCGCCUUCCAUAGCUGCUCACUUUAGCACCAGCUGUCUGCGUCUUAGCGCUCGUCUUGCACCUUCGUUUUUUCGCAUUUACAAACCCGCGUCACUAAGUGACUCUACAGUCCAGUCCUUAUCCCUUCACUCUUCCGUCACCUUCUGCGCGUCUAUCAACUCGAAGACCUCAGCCAUCGCCACGAUGGAUGACGAAAAAUCACACAGACUGAUCCUGCGCCUGCUGAACGAGGAUCUCGUCUCAAUCCAGGCAUUCAGCCGUCAUAGCAUUAACUCGGACACAUUUAUGGCCGCCACCUUGGCUCGUCAGGAGCUUCGUACUGCUCACCAACAGAUCGACGACCUGCGCAUCGCUCGGAUCGUUUCUCGAGAAGAAGUCUCACAAAGAGAAGCAGUUCGCGCUAAUGAGAUAUCCGCGCGCCUUCUCUUUCGUCAACUCAAUCCUGAUGAGCCGCUUCCGAACCCUCUCGCUGAUCACCAAAUAGCUAUCGCCGAGGCUUCGGACCAGUCCCCAACUGCUAUCAAGGCUGAAAGCAAUGCUUCGCCAUGUCCACAACCUACGAGUAGCGCCCUUCGUUCUCAACCUACUACCUUGUUUGGUUAUCCCAGACCUAUUCUAAAACGGUCGGCAGAUGAUCUCAUUGACGCGGAAGUGCCGCCAUCGAAGAAACAUGAAAGCGACCAGAUCGGAUCGCAGUACCAACCAAUCUAUUUUGGAAGAUAUCAGCGCAGCUCUUUUGAACACGACAGGCUGUCUGGUGUCUUCGGCGAGAUGCCCGUUGCUCCGAGUCCCAUGUCAGAACAAUUCAAAGAACUCAAACGACCCGCAGAAGAGGAGACUCCCACCUCCCGACCUACGAAGAAACAAGACUCUCGUCAUGACGUCUUUCAGCCGCGUCAGUUUGACUGUGGGGACGCUGCCGCUCCAUCAUCUCUCGAGAUCUCCAAUACUUCAGAAAUUGACGCAAUGGCUGAGGCCUCUCACGGGUUUAGCUUCACUUCUGUUCGCCUGGCUCCUUUCGAGUAUCCUACUGUGUCCGAAACACAAUCGAGCACACCACCAGCUCCUUUUUGUCUCGAUGCUCCGCUCCCGUCUGCUUCUCCGCCCAGAUCACUUGUCCUCUUACCUCUCGAGCUCGAAUGUAUAGCUUGUGGUGACAUGCAUUUACGCACCCAAUGCUAUGAAAAUGAAUGCAAACAUGCAUACUGUACGAAAUGCAUAAACAGGUUGGUUACAAACGCACUGCGCAACACUACACACUUCCAGCCUCAAUGCUGCAAGUUGAAAAUGGACAUUUCGAAACUUCAACAUCUCCUUCGUGAAGCUCUGACUCCCCUGGUGAAAGCCAGGCAACUUGAGAUGAGUGUUCCGAUCCAGGACAGGCUAUAUUGUGCAGAAUGCUCUGCGUUCAUUCUGAAGCCUUUGCUUGGAAGCAAAACAGUUGGAUGCAAAAAGUGUCCCUGCAUCACCUGUACGAUCUGCAAAGAAAAGGUCAACGAAGGUAAGACUCAUCAAGAGGGUUGUCAGAACAAGCUCGAGCAAAGUGUGAAGGAACUUGAAGCCCUCGCUGGAAAGAACGGCUGGAGGAAAUGCUCGAGGUGUCAGAUAUUUGUUGAGCACAGAACUGGAUGCAACCACAUGACGUAAGUCCUGCAUCGGUCAGAAUGUUGACAAACGCG